GCCUCGCGACAGCCGCUAUGGAUGCCGGCAGGACUGCGGUGCUCCGGGUGAAGCGGAAGCGUAACGCAGAGCCCGCCGAGGCUCUGGUGUUGGCUUGCAAGCGUCUCCGAAGAGAUGAGGUCGAGUCAGUUGCCGAGGAGACACCAAAGCGUCUGGACGGAGCGGCGGAGAAUAAUGUGUUUCAGUUGGUGGCCACCGUGCGCUCCCAGGAGGAGCCGAUCCAGUCUCUCGUGCGGGCUGCCCUGCGCCCUUACCGGGACAGCCAGCAGCGUAUUCGCCGCAAUCUCCGCGCCACAGCCAGCGAGAUCAGGAAAGAGGGCCGCUACCGGGUGGUCUCUGGCCGCCGAGCGGCGGGGACCUCCCGCAGCCUGGAGUACGCGCCAGGGACCUCAGAAGCUCCCGGGGACUCAGGCUUCCAGCUGUUGGACCUGGUACACGAGGAAGGUGACCCAGAGGCCGCCUCUACUGACUCCAGCAAAACAUCUGACCCAGAUAUGAUCCUCUGCAAUAAUGUAGAGCUGAUCCGUGAGUGGCUAACUAUAUCUGACGAUGGACCGGGAGCUGGAUGCGAGGAGAAACAGAAGCAUGAUGACUACGUGUAUGACAUUUACUGCUUGGAGACGGCCACUCCAGGGUGGACUGAGAACAUCCUCUCUGUGCAGCCUUAUACCCAGGAGUGGGAACUGGUGCAUGAUGAUGAGCAACCAGAAGACGUGUACGAAGAUGAAGACGAUGAGAACAGUGAGAGCAACUGGCGCAAUGAAUACCCAGAAGAGGAGAGCAGCGAUGAAGAUGAAGAUUCCAGAGGUUCUGAUGAAUACGACAGCUUGAGUGAAGAAGAAAGAGGCAGCAGGCAACAGAUUUGGCACAAGUACCCUCUGCAUGUACAGAAGGAGUUUGGCUAUGAUAACCUGGAUUCAGACUGAUGGUCUUAUACUACCCAUGCGCAGACCCAAGAGGGCUCUGUGCUUAGGAUUAACUGGCCUGGUGACGUGCUCCCAGGAUUCCUAGCUGAAGAGAUGGAAGGAAAAAGCAUUCUGAGCAGUACCAUCCCAGCACGUGGAAAACUUAAGCUAAUAGAGUAAGUCUUUUCCACGCAUAGUAGGGCCCCUUGGUGUCAAUCAGAACUGGCUGUAGUCUGGGAAAAAAAUUCUCUAAAAUGGAAAGUUCCUCUCACUUCCUCCACAAGGCAUUGUUCCUGGCACUCUAGUUCUGUGGCAAAGCCAAAAGGGGAAGAGAGGUUUCAGUUUCAUCAGCAGUAAGAUUCUACUUUACCUUACUACCUGACUGCCUGCCACCAGUAAAAGCCUCUUCUCCUUGAUAGUGGGCACCUGGAAGGGUUAGUGGGUGCCCUGCAGCAGCAGUCUAGAUAGUAACAGCUUUUAGGGCAGGAAGGAAAAUCUGAGCUGUGAUGUUAAUAGCUAUCUUGCCUCCUGGCCUGUUACUCUGAUAACAGUAUAAAGAUUCCUGUCAUCUUUUGGCAAUGGUGCCAAGAAAUAGUACGCAUGAAUGUGUUACUCUGUUUAAUAAAACUCCUUUUGAAAAAAAAAAAAACAAAAAAAACAAAAAAAAAACCAAAAAAAAAAAAAAAACCAAAAAAAAACUCCUUUUGAACAUUGAAACGAAUGAUUUCUUUAGAACAUUUGUUUUUUUGAGACAGGGUCUUGCUAUGUAGUUCAGGCUGGCCUUUAACUCACUAUGUAGCCCAGGCUGGCCUCCAACUCAUGCUGAUCCUUUUGCCUCAGCCUCCUGAAUGCUGGGAUUGCAGGCACAUGCCAUUGUGCCCAGCUCAAAACCUUUAAAUCUGAGUCUUAGGUGUUUUUCUUCUAUACUUUCACCCCACAAAAAAGAAGGGCAGUUAGUGUGGCAAAAGUUUCAGAAUUAACCUUAGUAAGGACUUAAGGGAAGGAAAAGAAAGCACAUCCUGAACUUGGGUUUCUAUUUAAAACUGUUUACUGUUCAUAGCACUCAACAAAAUUAAAUUAUAAUCAUCCCUCGGUGUCAAUGGGUGAUUGGUUCCAGAACCUCCUGUGAAUACCAAAACCCACAGAUUCUCAAGUCCCUUGUAUAAAAUGUAUUUUCACAUAACCCUUGCACAUUCUGUAUAUAUUUUGUCAUCUCCAGAUUACUUAUAAAACCUAAUAUGAUGUAAAUGUUAUGCAAUUGUUAUAUAUGUAUUGUUUGGGGAAUAAUGGCAAGAAAAAAAAUAAACCUGUACAUGUGCAAUACA